AACUCGAAACUCAGCGAAAACAGAAGUAAAGCAAUGGUUAUGAGUAAUUGUAACAUUUGGAGCUUUUACUUCAGGUUUAAGCCACACAUGUUUAUGAUCCUAUCACAGAUAGGCUGGACUUUACUGUAUUUCAUCACUGAAGCAUCCUUCAAUAAUGGAAUGAAUCCUUAUGUUUACAUAACAUACCGCCAUGUCGUUGCUGGGGUGGUGAUGUUCCCCUUUGCUUAUUUCCUUGAAAGACAAGCAAGGCCAAAGUUGACAGUAGCUCUGAUGGCAGAAAUAUUUGUGCUCUCCCUCUUCGGGGUGGGAUUGACACUUAACAUGUAUUUUGCAAGCUUAAAGUAUACUUCACCGACAUUUGUUGCUUCAAUGAUCAACACAAUAGCUUCCUUAACUUUUGUGAUUGCAGUUGCACUCAAGAUGGAGGUUCUUGAUAUAUGGAACCCUCGAGGAGCUGCAAAGGUUCUCGGAACCUUAAUUUCCCUGGGAGGUGUCAUGGCCAUGACAUUGUACAAGGGAUCUGUCAUUAAAAACAUCUGGAAACCUCUGCUACAUAUUCAAGGAAGUACAACAACUAACGAAAACAGGUUGAUAGGUUCCAUUUUAACUGCAGCUAGUUGCCUAUCAUGGUCCAUAUGGUACAUCAUGCAGGCCUUUACUCUGAAACGAUAUCCUGCACGUCUGUCACUGACAACAUGGAUGAGUUUCAUUGGUGCUGCACAGUCAGCCAUUUUUACUGCAUGUGUUCAGCGUAAGCCAGCAGCUUGGGCAAUCGGUUUCAACAUUGAUCUCUUGUCUACCGUUUAUGCUGGAGUAGUUUGUUCAGGCUUAAUCGUCUUCCUUCAGUUGUGGUGCACAGAAGAAAAAGGACCUGUUUUUGUGACCAUGUUCAACCCUCUUUCAACAAUACUUGUUGCCUUAUUAGCAUAUUUUGUCCUUGGAGAAAAGCUUUACACUGGCAGCAUAAUGGGGGCAGUUAUUGUUAUCUUUGGUAUGUACCUCUUAAUGUGGGGCAAAGAAGAAGCACAGACAAACAUAGCCGGGAUCUACCUAAACUAUAAAGACUCGAAAAGUUUAAAACCAGAGGCAUUCAGCACAGAAAAUGGCGAAGAGGUGACAACAGAGCCAUAGACACUAGAAAAGAUGGCUGUGGUGCAAUUACAAAGACAGAUAGAAGCUGGGAGUAAAGAAAUCCAUCAGUCAUCUUCAAACUCGCCAAGAAUAAGCAACUAUAUAAACUGUCAAUAGUAUAAAGAUGCCUAUUAUGCUUGCAUGAAUUACGAAAGAUAGGAUCAGUGCUCCCAGGUUAAGCUGAGUCAGUAUUUGAUUCUCUUCUCUAGGUUAAUUAACAUUAGCCCUCUGUUGGACUAAUCCUAAAGAAAUAUGCCUGUAAUAUUCUGUAAAGUACUUCGUAUUAGUUUUGGCUGCUGUUUGACUUGAAAAGUUCACUAUGUAAAAAGGAUAUGAUCUCAACCUAUCAGUCUGCUUGCAUCUAUAUAAGCUUGACAGUAUUGUAAAUCAUAUUAACCAGUGUAAUCAUCCAUGAAGACUGUUUGGUCCAUUUUCCUCUAA